AUGGCUGCGGAUUCGCCGGCCCGGAUGCCGGCCUUUGCAUCGCUGUCGGCUACGAGUGCCGCGCGGUACCUAGAUCUCGGCACAUGUCCACGUCAUGUGUAUGUGUCGCGGGACUUUGCGCAAACGGUUGAGGGGGGCGGCUCCAACUACACGCAGCGGCCUGUGCAAUGGGUUUUGGUGAGCCCGCCGCGGUCCUACGCGCCCACCAUUGACACCGUGAUGGUGAUUAGUCCUUAUGAAGCGCAGAUGCUGCUGCCGGCGAUCCAAAAAUCCACUAGCGUGGCCUUGUGUCUGUACGCGCCGCGGCCGAACCAGGGCUAUCGUGCGCUGGAUGCCCUGGACUUGUACACGGUCCCGGAGCAGCCGGACGUAUGUGUGCCUCCGCAAUUUGCCAUCGGGUUGAAUGUAUUUGCCGGACAGCUGUACUUUGGUUCCGAGCUCGAGGCCAUCCGCGUCUGUCAUUAUCUCGGCAUCAACUUGGGCUUAUAA